GUGACUGAUGAGUGCAGUGUUGUGGAGUCGCCUGGCUCUUUCUUUAACGUACAUUUGCCCACUUCUAUCCACUGCUUUACGGAACAUUUCCUCCAGAGGUGAAGCGUUACACGGCUGUCGAAGAUGUCUGUGGCCGGGCUGAAGAAACAGUUCCAUAAAGCCAGUCAGAAAAUUGAGGUGACCAACAAGUCAGUGUUUGACCUCUUGUCCAAAACAACAGAAUACCUCCAGCCUAACCCAGCUUCUCGAGCCAAACUGAACAUGCUGAAUACAGUGUCUAAGAUCCGAGGGCAGGUGAAGACCACCGGCUACACUCAGACCGAAGGCCUGCUGGGAGACUGCAUGCUGCGCUACGGCCACGAACUGGGAGAGGACUCUGUCUUUGGCCAUGCUCUGGUGGAUAUGGGUGAGGCCAUGAGGCAGAUGGCAGAUGUGAAGGACUCCCUGGACAUAAACGUCAAACAAAACUUUAUUGACCCCCUGCAGAACUUACAGGACAAGGACCUCAAGGAGAUCACGCACCACCUGAAGAAGCUGGAGGGCCGUCGAUUAGACUUUGACUAUAAGAAGAAGCGUCAGGGGAAGAUCCCAGACGAGGAGAUCCGGCAGGCUGUGGAAAAGUUCGAGGAGAGCAAAGAGCUGGCCGAGAGGAGCAUGUUCAACUUCCUGGAGAAUGAUGUGGAGCAGGUGAGCCAGCUGUCGGCACUGAUUGAGGCGGCAGUAGAGUACCACCGACAGUCGUGUGAAAUUCUGGAGGAGCUCAGCAAAAAGCUCCAGAAGACGAUAUCCACAGCCAGUAGCCGGCCCAAGAGAGAGUUCAAACCAACGUCCAUCAGGAGCAGCAUGGAGACCCUGGACAACAGUCAGCACAACGGCCUCUCCUACAGCUCCUCGCUCAAAUCCACCGAUAUCCAGAUCAGCCACAAAGUCAAUGGGAAAACUGAUCAUAUAUCCUCUGUUCCACUGUCAUGGCCUGAGAGCCCCACUACCAAUGGCAAUAUUCACCAGUCAGAGGUUUUGGACCAGCCGUGCUGUCGCUCCCUCUACGACUUUGAGCCAGAGAACGAGGGAGAGCUGGGCUUCAAGGAGGGCGACAUCAUCAUCCUCACCAACCAGAUAGACGAGAACUGGUACGAGGGCAUGAUCAAUGGCGAGUCCGGCUUUUUUCCCAUCAACUAUGUGGACGUCAUCGUCCCCCUGCCUCAGUGAAGACCGGCACCCCGAGUCCUCUGCGGACUCCCUCCUGCCUCAUCACACUCAGCCUCUGUCCUCAGCUCGACUCUGGCCUCACCUGGAAACACACAGGGGCCAGCUCAGCCGAAGCUGAACAAAAAUGUCUGUCUUCUGAUUUUUAAACCGAGCCAGAGAGGUAGUAGAUUUGUCCCAAGCCAACUUAAGAUCAAAGUCGCUGUUGUUUUCUCUGUUAAUAUUUAUGAACCUGAAGCCAACUGACCCAACCCAAGCCAUUGGGACACUUCCUAAUUGGUCUGACCAAGGUGAAACAGUCACCAAACUCCAUCCCGUCAGUCCUUCAGAUGACGCUGCUCCCUGUUUAUUCAAGUUUCUAUUGUUGAACUGUCUGCCUGUUUUUGCCCACUUAUCACAAACUGAGGCUCCUCAACUCUGCUAGAAGUGGACAUCUUGACUGCACUGUUAGUCACUACAAAGAAUUUCUAUACUUUUAUUUGCAUUAUCGUCACAAUAGGAACAUUUCAGGAUAUUUUCAAUCCCAUUACAUUGUCAUAUAGUUACCCCAAAAAUGAAAAAGGCUUUGUAUUUGCACCACAAAUCCCUUUAUAUGAUUGCCUGAACUGUCAUGGAUCUCUCACGUCAUAGUGAUUACAUACAAGCUAGCUAAGAAGCUAACAUAAUCCAAGUAGAAACAUGAAUCAGGUUGAUGUUUAGGAGCUGUUCACCCAAAUAUUAUCAAGACAUGCACAUAGUUUUGGUUUUAUUUGUCCAAGUUUAGACAAGUUUAGUUAUUUGUCCAAGUUUUGUCCAGAUAUUUGUCUGUGAGGUUUUUGGCUUCACCCUAAUACAAUGGAGGUGAAUGAGAUUUAAUUUGUGGCUCUCACAGGAUUAAAUAGAAAUUAAAAAAUUCAAGAUGUGGCUAACAAAAUAUGAUUUGUUUUAAUUUGGGUGAACUUACCCUUUGAUGGCCAGCUUGUAUGUUUAAGAAAAACAACAUGGCUGCCACAGCCUUGUAUUUCCCUGGUUUUGCUUUAUAUUUUAAAAUAAUUUUAUGUUUUGUUUUAUUCUCUAAACACAAGCCUCACUUUUUUGUAUGUGGCGCUUUGUGAGGCCUUCAAGUCAAGUCUUGCCAAAGUUCAAGGAUAAUUCCAGUUUAUUUCAGCUUUGUUCUUCUCGUACUUUUGGCCAUUAUUUGGCAUUUAUAUCAGUAGUUAUUACAAUGUACUCUGUAAGUUUAGAUUGGGAAGCAAAGCACCGCAGCAGACAAUAUUUAAUACCAACAGUGGGACAGGCCUGUACACCAAACAGCAGACAGACAGCGUUAGAAGACAUAAAGUUAUAAUAUGUCAUAAUACACGUGUCAUAUGCAGUUUGUUGUGGUGUUCUACCCCAUAGUAGCCAAAUACAAACUGUUUCUGCUUUAGACAAACCUCCAGGUUAAAGAGAGAAAAUUACGUGAAAAGGUAAAAAACUGUCUGUUGUGUACAUCCAUCACUGUUCACAACUUCCUGAUUUAUCUUUGACCUGCUGACCAUGACAUAGUCGUGAACACUGUUCUUGUGCAAUCAAGAAUUGUUAUGAAUGUCUCAGGCAUGCUCACUUUCAGUUUUACCCCCCAAAGACGUUGUUUAGAUUACUGCUUCCCAACUCUCAUUUAUGUGGAAAAAAACCCAAAUUAUAUUUAAAGUUUAGAUUAUUAUUUAAAAUCUAAUCUUUGAACUUUUCUAAUGCGGGAUCAGAGUAAUCAGUGAACAACUGUUAUUGUGAUGCAUUGAAUAUGAAAUAUCCAUAAAAUAUGUCACUGAGUCAGUUUACUCAAUGAUAGGAUAGGGCUCCCUUAAGGAAAAAUGUUGGGAAUCACUGCAUUAGAUAAUCUGGAUAAUCUGUCUGCUUGUUUAUUCUUUGGGAUUGUCUGACUGCUUGUGUUUCUAGCCUGUCAGCCACUUUGCUGAGUACAAUGCUCUCAAAACUGAUGGAAAUGAUGGCCAAAAUUACUGCUGUUAUAAACCAGAAUCAUCAUUUAAAAUGUGAAAUCAAACCUAUGAUCGAUGUAGGCUUUAGCUCGACGGCGCUCUGCACAAACAUUCCAUCGCUAUUUAUUUUAGACACACUUUUAUUUUGUGAACAUUUCAAGCCACGGCUCUUGAACAUCGAUCACACCACUAAAAGUCAGCCUCACAUUCCACUGGGAUAGUGCUAGACAGUAUGUGACGUGUGUUACUUGUGUGUUCACGUCGGUCCUACCUGUGUCGUAACUCUGUACCUUCCUGUUGGCGUCCUCUCUUCUCCUGCCUGUUUGCCUGCUGUGCUCUUAAGUGUAUCAGAACACGACAAUGUUUCGACUGUGAGGAUCUCUCUGAAUGUCUAUCUCUCUCUCUGUUUACAUGCUCUGACUUAUUGUGACAUAAUAUAAGGACUGUACCGCCCGCUCUGUGUCAAAUAGGGAUGAAUGCCUUGUCACACUGAAAUCAUAUGAAAGUGCUUUUUGAAAUGUCUGUAUUGCACUGAAGCUUUAGAAACUACCUACUGUACCACAUGCGUUUAUGGAUACGCACCUUUUUUGUUUGUUGAUGUUUUUUCCUUUUCUUCGGCAUUGCACUUUGUGUUAUUCACAACGGGGUUAGAAUCACUACCAUAUCAGAUAUACGUGAAGCCAAAAUGGUAAAUACUUAGAUUUAUAUAACCACAGAUGUUCUUUGUACUGUGUUAUGUUGAAUCCACUCUCUCAAUUAUUGUAACGUAGACUGAAAAAAUGGUUGUGUCACAUCUUAAAUGGGAUGAGUCUGUGGAAGUAGAUGACCCCUGUUCCAGCUCUCUGGUUAGCUAGCGAUAAGCCAUAGGAUAAGUAAAGGCCUGCAGUUACUGUGUGGUUGUGCUGAUAGACCUGUUAAUUUAGCGCAAGUCGGUAAAACACCUUGACAGCCUGAGAAGCAGCUGUCUCCUGACAGUGGUUGUUAGUUAAAUGCCACCAGACAAAAGGGUGCAAGAGGUCAAUCACAGUAAAUUCUCUGAGAGGCCUUUAUUUCCCUCAACCGCAAAGAAAAUCUGACUUUUAUUUUAAACUUGAUUUCUAAUGCCCCACUGUUUUUUAGGUUUAUUUGAUCAUGUUUUAAUAAGAGGACUCCCUGUUUUCUGAUCUGCUCCUGGCUUUUAACAUGCUGUUGAUACAAACUCAGCCAGUUCAAAUUCAUGAUACAUUUCCACAGCACUAAUUCCAACAGAUUCUUGUCAUACUUACCACUCUGCUGCUCUGAUAUAAAUAUGGUUUUCUUUCAUUCAUUCCAGUUGCUUUACUUUGAGCUUCUUUUUAAAGGUUUUUACAUUAAAAGCUUUUACUGUUACUCACAGGACAUAGAGUUACAGAAUGGGUGCACCUUUAAAUUAUUCAGUUUAAAGGUCCAGUGUGUAACAUUUAGGAGAAUCUAUUGUCAGAAAUUGAAUAUGAUAUUCAUAAGUAUGCACAGAGCAUGGAAUUUAAAGAUCUGUCAUAUCUGCUGCUAGUAGUAGACACGCUAAAAAUUAUACUUUUGAGAAAAUUGGUUUUACAACAUGCAGUUUACUGAUGAACAAAUGAAAAUCAGCAACUGUAGUAUCAUGUUUCGUUCACAACUGCAGCAACAAAGCAUGCUACAGCUCUGAUUAUCAACAGCAAGAGCAGCCGAGGAUCAUGGGUGUUGUGGUAUUUGGAGCCGUACACCAUGCCAAAAUGGCAGACAAAACAUGAGUGGAGAAAGUGGCCAUAAUAUAAACCUAAAGGAUUGUUUCAUUGUCUAGCAGAUUCUAAAGUUUCUAUUGCUUUAAAGAAACAUUUGAAAUCAGAAAACACGAAAAAAUCUGCUAUUCCUACGCUUUUAGUUUUAAACAUUUGCAGUAAAAUGUUGAAACAGUGUUUAUGUUAAAUGUAUUAAAAGUGUGUUUACCAGGGUGGUGAGUAUGACUCUGAUGUUGUACUGAUGGAAUUUGUGCUUUUAAAAUAUAACAUUAUAUUGAAUUUACCACAUGAGCUAUCAGAGUACAGGUAAUUCCAGCCAAACGCAAUACUAAGCCAGGGACCAUUUAUUUGCCCACUAUUUGAAUACUGCCUUUCACUGGUGAAUUUGCAGUACUCUAUAAUAUUCUUAUGGAAAAAAGUGUGUUUUAUCCACAGAGUUACUGAACAGACAUAACCCCAGACUUAAAAUCACCUUUGUGUCUAAUACAUACAAUACAUACUUGACGAACUGCAUUCCUAAUCCACGUUAUUUUUUUUCAUCUUUUAUCGUAUGUGGACCAACUUUAUACAAAAAAGAGAGAAAAUAAAGAAAAUGUAUUGGAUACUUACUGUUAGCUUGCAGUUGCUUAGG